AAGAUACAAGAAGUUGUCUUCCUCUUUCUCUUCUUGCCUUUUUCCCUCCUGCUUCGAAAAUUGGCAUCUUUUUCUGUUUUCCAAUCUGCUUAGUUUCUUGAAUGGAGAGGGAAAAUGGUGCAAAUGAACAAAAUGUUGAUAUUCCUGAAUAUGAAAGAAACUGUUUCCCAGGGAAAAUGGAUUCCCCUCUAUUUGCCUGGCCAUGGGAUAAUUUGGGUAUAUUCAAGUAUUUGCUAUAUGGACCAUUUGUGGCAAAAUUCCUGCAUUCAACUGUUUGGGAAGGGACUCAGAGAGAUAGACGUUGGUGUACGCAUAUUCUCAUCUUAUGUUCACUGAGGGGCCUAAUUCACCAGCUGUGGAGCUCUUACAGUAAUAUGCUUUUCCUAAACCGCAAUCGCCGGGUGUCUCAACUUGGCAUAGAUUUCAAGCAAAUUGACAGAGAGUGGGAUUGGGAUAAUUUUAUUAUUCUUCAAGCCUUUGUGGGUUCGUUGGCCUACUUCAGUUUCCCUUCCCUAGCCUGUCUUCCACUGUGGAACACAAAGGGGAUUCUCUGCUGUCUAAUACUGCACAUGACGGUUUCAGAGCCACUUUACUAUUGGACACACAGACUCAUGCAUUCACACCAUCUUUUUAACAACUAUCAUUGGCUGCAUCAUUCCUCCAAAGUCACACAUCCCUUCACAGCUGGGCAUGCUACACUGCUGGAACAUCUAAUCCUGUGUGUGAUUGUAGGGGUGCCUAUCAUUGGAACUACCCUUAUGGGAUUUGGAUCAAUGAGCAUGAUCUACCUCUACGUUUUGAUCUUUGAUUUCCUUAGAUGUUUGGGACAUUGCAAUGUUGAAAUCAUUCCUCAUCAUCUAUUCAAGAUCUUUCCAUUUCUUCGAUAUGUAAUCUACACGCCCACGUACCAUGGCCUUCACCACAAAGAAUUGGGGACCAAUUUCUGCCUCUUCAUGCCUCUUUAUGAUGCACUGGGAAAGACCAUGAACUACCAUUCUUGGGAUAUUCACAAAGAAACCAGUUCAGGAAAAAAUGGAAAAGUGCCUGAUUUUGUGUUCCUCGUACACGUAGUGGACAUGAUGCAAGCGAUGCACGUGCCUUUCUUGUUCCGAUCGUUUAGCUCGCAUCCCUUCAGCAUAAUGCCUUUCUUGAUCCCAUUGUGGCCUUUCAGUUUCUUGAUGAUGCUUAUCAUGUGGGCUAAGUCAAAGACUUUCUUGAUCAGUUUUUACAACCUCAGAAAUAGAUUGCUGCUCCAAACAUGGGCAGUCCCCAGGUUUGGUUUUCAGUAUUUCUUGCCAUUUGCUAAAGAAGGCAUCAAUAAUCAAAUUGAAGAAGCUAUUCUCAGGGCAGAUAGACUUGGUGUAAAAGUUGUUAGCCUUGCUGCAUUGAAUAAGAAUGAGGCUCUGAACGGAGGUGGGACGUUAUUUGUUAACAAGCAUCCGAACCUUAAAGUUCGCGUGGUUCACGGUAACACAUUGACAGCGGCUGUGAUUCUCAAAGAGAUACCUCAAGAAGCAGAGGAGGUGUUCUUGACAGGAGCUACUUCGAAGCUUGGAAGGGCCAUUGCCCUCUACUUAGCUCGUCGAAGGGUUAGGGUCUUGAUGUUAACUCUAUCCACCGAGAGAUUCGAGAAAAUUCAAAAGGAAGCCCCAAUGGACUGCCAGAAAUUUCUGGUUCAAGUAACAAAAUACAAAGCUGCAAAAGAGUGCAAGACAUGGAUCAUUGGUAAAUGGACCACAGCGUUCGAGCAAUAUUGGGCACCGUCGGGGACAAGUUUCCUCCAGUUUGUGGUUCCACCUAUCAUUCCCUUUAGAAGAGACUGUACUUAUGGGAAACUUGUAGCCAUGAAGCUCCCGGAUGAUGUCGAGGGCCUAGGCUCAUGUGAGUAUCAACUCCAAAGAGGUGCAGUUCAUGCGUGCCAUGCCGGUGGGGUGGUUCACCUCCUUGAAGGGUGGAGCCACCAUGAGGUUGGAGCUAUUGAUGUAGACCAGAUUGAUGUUGUGUGGAAUGCUGCAAUAAAGCACGGCCUGAAGCUGUUGUAGACUCCCAAGCUCUCUCUCUCUCUCUCUCUCUCUCUCUCUCUCUCUCUCUCUCUCUCUCUCUCUCUCUCUCUCGUAUUUGUAUUUAUCGUAAGCGGGAAAACUAACAUGUUGCUUCCGCCUGUAACAAACCCAGGGUAGCACUUUGCUUUCCCAUCAUGUUCAUUGUUGUUAUUUUUCAUGAAA